CUCAAUCAGUCUGAAAACCUACGGAACUGCUAACCUACCAGAUCUGUCGAACAUUUUCGCCGUGACAUAGAAUAAUCGAAACAGUUCUCGCAGGAAAUAAUACCGAUAUACUAUCUCGGGUGUGGAGCCAUUGGCUGGCAUUAGUCUGAAUGACCAUUAGGCCGGUCGCUAGCAAUUUCACCGACUUAUUUCCAAAAUAGAAAUAUUAUAAAAGUGGUGAAAGUAGUUGGAAAAAUAUGAAAACAAAACGCAUUUCCAUGAAAAUGCGAUUUGAAUUAUUGAGUAAUUUGGUAAACUUGACCCAAAAGUUUGAGUUCUCGGAAAAAGUUAUCAAUGAAAUUUGGAAUCAACUUAUAUACUUGUAUACAAAAUGAAAAUAUAUCGUGCUUAACAAUAAAACAACAGUUAUUUCGCAGUUCUAAAAAAACCAGAGUGCUGUUAACUAAAAAGCAACACAACCUAUAAGGUUCUUUCAAAAUACGAAGUGCCACGAAAUACAUAUAAAUGAUUUUAUGCAAAAAUUAUAUCCUGAAUAUCCCUGAAUGUGGUUAGUGAUAAGUUUCUUAUUUUUAACAUUCACUGGACCUAAAAAAAAAACUGGAUAUUAAUUACACUACAGAUUUUUACGGUUCCACAUACCUUCCUUUAAAUAUGUAUAUAUCGGCAUCACAGCAUUCUGUUCUUAGAAUCUUAUAAGAGUUGUUUAACUACGCAGUCUAGGUCGCUGUGAAUACUGACAGUUGCAGUAACCAAUAAACGCGUUCUUUAUCACAACUGUAUCCAAUAACAAGUACAGGUACACGAGCCGAAGAGCACAGCCAAGAUCGCAACCAGCCAGGAGGCUGAACAAUACAAGGCUCUACGGAGCCGAUCUCUUUAUCAGAGACCUUGAUUUUGUGAUGGAGACGUAUCCGAAAAGAAGGCGACAUUGCUCUUACACCCGCCCUCUUCAGCUGGGAGUGGUGCUGUUAGGAUGGACUUUAGUGUUGGUUCAGUCCCCUAACUUUGUUUUCUGUGGCGAAAAAUUGGCCUUGUUAUCGGCAACUCUGCGCACGUAUCAGAAGGCAGCAUGCGACUCGGAUCAGGUGGUAAUAGCGUGUCCUCGCGGCACCAGCAUUUCUAUAGAGUUUGCCCAGUACAACAAGUUCGUGGCGAAAGAUGGCUACAGCAUUGAAGAUCUGUGUCCUCUUUCUGGAAUGACGGGGCCUGAAAUCCGGGGCAAGGCAAAACACCUGCUCAGAGGGUCCAUUUUUGGAUCAUCUUCUCUGAAGGUGCAAGCCAACCGUUACGUAAACAACGGACACGGUUAUGGGCUUGCAGUAGCAAUGCCAACUACCAGCGCUCGGACAAGUGAAACUGUCACCGAGUCAGCAGGUGGCACAGCUGUGUCCAUUGACGAAGUGCAAAGUGCUUCCGGCGAUACCAGUGACAACUCUUCUGAAAAUUGCAUGUGGCCCAAUGCCUUACAGUACUCUUUGCUGCAGACAGUAGUCGAGGCUUGUCAAAAGAAGAAGCACUGCAAGUUUCACGGAUCUCCGCAGUUCUAUGGACAGGGUGCCAGUGGAGUGGGCGACACUUCCGGAACUAGCAGCUAUCACAGCAGCACGGCCAGCUCCAAUGCAAUCAGCAGUGACCCAUGCCCAAAGCGCAGGAAAAUUGUGGAAGUUGCCUACAAAUGCCGUCCUUACGAGUUUCGAAGUAAAGUUGCAUGUCACAACGAUGUUGCCCAACUGGAGUGCAAUCCGUACUCCCGGAUUGCUGUAUACAGCGCCAGCUUUGGCAGAACUGAGUAUGAGAGCAUCCAAUGCCCCCAGCCGCAGGGAGUUCGUGAAGAAACGUGUCUGGCCUCAUUUGCCACGGAAACUGUGAUGCAAAUUUGCCACGGACGAAGGCGAUGCAACUUGGCUGCAGAUGCUAAUACCUUUGGAAGUCCUUGUCAAGCAAAUUCACGGAUGUACUUAAAGGUUGUUUACACAUGCGUGCCAAGGCAAGUUCUCAAGGAAAUUAACGAAUCGGAGGUGGAGACAGACGAAUCUGAAGACUUUGAGGGCGAUAUGAACGACCUUUACGAUGAUGAACUGAUCUACAAAGAGUCGGAGGCGAUUCCAAAACUGUACAGCAAUGCAACUUCGCCAGGACGACGGAAUAGCAUCAACGGACUUGGGCAGGGAAUUGGGACUAGUCCGUCUGUCAAUCAGACUAUGACGAACAGUUCCCUCGUUGCAGAUGUGGAUAGUAAUGACGUGAAUCCUGUGAUGACACAUAGCGCGGACUUGAGUCUGGAGGAUGACCAAGAGCGUUUGUAUUUGUACCUGCUUGUCGUGGGCUCUCUCGGGGUUGUAUUUUCGAUAAUGAUUGUCGCUAUUAGAUUAGUCCUUCAGAAGCGCCGUGGCCUCACUACUGACACACACUCAAACUCCUCGACCAAGGGUGGUGGAGUUUCAGGAGGCUUAGUUGAAGAGACAACUAUUCCGAGCGGCUUUAACGACACAAUUUCCGAAAUAGACGGUGACAUCGACCUGACAACCUCACUGCCUUUGCCAAGCGUGUCCCAAAACGAAAACUAUUUGACGUACGCGCCGGCGAGCAGUCUAUACGCUGGCUUAUCCCCAUCUCAGCUUACAGCUGGGGUUAGUUCAGGUCCCGUCUCCGGCCUGAUGACAAAUUCCGUUUUGGUAGGGGCUCAACAGUCGCCCGACGUUAUAGGCCUGUCUCCCCCUCCGGGAGCAUUUGUAGCCACCAGCAUCGCGGGUCAGGGUCCAGUGGCGGGAAUCCUGGCGCCCGCUAUUGUUAUUGGAUCCACUGCUCCCCGAAGUAGUGCCAUAAGUACCAUGGUACCUAUUUCCUCGCUAGCUCAAUACACAACAGCGCCGACUAUCAGGGGAGGUUAUAUCAUAAACGCCGAAGGCAUGGGGGUGCUUCAGCGACCAAGUAACUCACCGACGCCGCCAACCUCCAUGGCUGGAGGUUCUCCUGCACAUCCGCCCACUCAUGCGCUUCCGAUGCCCUCUCCACUGGCCAUGGCCUCAGUGGGCCAUGUUCCAAUUCCCAUGACAGUUGGUGGCACCUCGACGUUGCGCCGCACAAAGGCGCCGAUGUUGCAGACGCAGCUUUCUUACGACGGCACCGCCCCACGCACUCUCUCCACCGGCGUGGCUGUGGGCUCGCAGUUCUAUUACGGAUGACAGAGCACGCUGGACUAUGAGCCCCACGUAUAUACUGCAUCCAUGGGCAGGAAUAGGGACCCACCUGGUAGUGACGGUCUACUUAUUGAAACGGCAGAUCGAGCCAGUACAGUUAACGAGUUUUCUGGGAAUUAGUCGUUACAGACACAAACCCUUUCAGGCUCGAGGAGAAUUGCCAACAAAGGACAAUACAAGGAUAAUUCUAGCCUGCACUUAACACUCCAGGCAAUCCCAAGUUCAUAUUAAAGAGGCUAUUAAAUGUUUCCCUGUCUCCUGAGUCUGAAGAAUAAGCUGGCUUUUAGCACAAAUAAGUUUUCAGUAUUCAGCAAUCAGUGUAAAUAUCUAACAAAGAAGUCUUCUUCUCAAAAAUUUUCUAUUAAAGAGGAAUAGCAGUAGGAAUAGAAUUGGUUUUAACUACGUCGAAAGUCUUUGUUUAUCUUUCAGAUUGGUUCUCCUGACAAAUUGUCGUAAAUAUGAGUAUGAGUAUAUGACUUAGUUAGAUCAUCUUAAUUUCAAAAAGAUAUUUGCAAUCAUUUAACUUUGAUUGUCUACCAGUAAGAUUAUAUUAAGAGAGACAAAGAGGAAAAUUUGGCGGUCGGGGGCAUGGAUACUAUUCGUCAGACAUUAAAAAUUAAUAGGGCUCAGUCAAAGAAAUAGUUAAUUUGUACAGAUAACAAACCCAAAUGCUCGCUCGAAAACGGAAACAAAUGUUGCGGCAUAUUUAUAUAAACAUUCUGCUUCCUCGCGUUCCGGCAAUCAAGUUAGAGAUGGUCGCAACUCCUUACUGAGUGCUUCAGAUUAGUGCGUUACAAAUGUAUGAGAGCAAUUAAUAUCCGACAUUACUAUCCUUAUUGGGGCCAGGGCAGGUCAAAAAGCUAAUAGCUUGUGCAUACGUGCCAAGGUGAUUGGUUGGACUCUGGAUCUGGCAGAGAUGCCUGAAAAUGGGGUAAUGAACAAAUGGGGCAGGUUGGAGCCGGAUAGGGUAGCAUUUUCGGCUAUCGAUGUGUGAGGGGUUUACCUUAGUGUUACUUCCAUGAGCCAAAUUAGUCUCUGCGUUAAUGAACUACCUUCUAGCGCAAAUUUGUUUACUUACAUAUAUGGGUAAUUAAAGUUUGUUUUCAUGACAUUUACAUUUACAAUUUGUUGAACUUCUGAUACUGUUUGACUCAAGUCUUAAUUUUAAAUGUCAAGUGCCUUUCUUAAUAGCAUUUAAGUGAGUGCUGCGUAGUUUGAAUCGUUAGUCCUCAUAGCGAGCCGUACAAUUCAGUGUAUAUACACAUAUAAAACCUAUAGCUCAAUAAAAACAAGCAAGCGCAUAGUCAUAAUAUUCAAAUGUUUGCAAAAUCGUAAAUAAAUUCACGACUACAGGUAAAGUUUUCUAUAAACUGUCCUUAUACUGUGGGUAGAAUAUUAGAUAAUGUUUAAAUAUUGGUUCUAUAAAAAACCAAAGAACCGGAACCGGAUGUGCAACGUCCCUAUUAGAUCGUAACUAUGCAAAUGUAAAUAAAUUAUUCAUAUUAGGCCAGAGUUAGAGUAUAAGAUAAACCAUUAUCAAUAAAUUGUAGCCGUGUACAAAAAGGUUAACGAAAACAAAAUAUAUCCAAGUUAAAAAUAAAUGCUGGCACAUUAAUCAAACCAACCGAAUCCUGAGUAGUUAAGCAGGGUAGUGCUCAUUGAAAUAAUAAAAUACUUAAAGUAAAAAAUAAAUUGGAAUAG